AUGCCACCCUUUCGCAACUUACUCAAUCGGAAAUCCCAACCCGGGGAGACCGAGGUCAAUGACAACCACCUCGCGCCAGACUCUCCCACCCAACAACGCCCCGCUCCCGUAAACAUUCGCCGAAGCCACGAGCGUGAGCCCACGGAGUAUAAAUUGGGUGUCAUCAAUGAUAGUGGCGUCUAUCUACCGCCGUCUCCCCCGGAACGACCAAGUUUCUGGCGCAGAUACCCUCCUGCACGAUCGGCCAACAAUCACCGUGAUCUCGUCAACGAGAAUGAGCCCUUUUCCAUCUCCCGCGAGUCCUUCGACUCUUACCGCCGAUCAUUUGAUAUCUCCGCCCGGUCCCCCGUGACACACCCUGACGCCUCUCGCACCUCAUUGGAUUCCCGGGUUUCCGGAAUCGCGUCUCCCACGGCGCAAUCAAACAUUCGCAAGACCACCCCCAGGCAAGAUGAUGACUUCGAGGAUGUCGGGCUCAAUGACGAAGCCAAGCCCAAAAAGAAAGGAAUCUUUGCUCGCUUUGGUGACUCCUCGGGCGAACCACAGCACUCGGGGGGCGCCAAGCCCACGUCCACAUUUGGCUUCCACAUUCCAGGCAGGAAGCGUGGACAGAGUGGUGGCGGAUCUGAACUCAAUCCCAUGAACGCCCCAGCAUCUACUUCCAACCCUGUUGGUAGUGAAUAG